CAAUGAGAUACAUUGAAGAGACAACCCAUAUCUCAUUUAGUGAUUAGUCUACGUCGUAUUGAAUAAGCGUUAAAACGUCUUUGGCAAAAUUGAAUAAUUUCAGUGAACAUGAACGGGCCGCAUGACGAUUUUGUUGAUGGAGAAUUGGGAAAAAAUGUCUCAGAAAUGAUGAAUUUGAAUGGAGCUACCACUGUUCCAUCAAAGCAUAUAGCACAAGGAAAAAUUCCACGACAAACAAGAACUAAAUUAGAAAAAAAAAAUUUAAUCACUGCCAUUUGUAUAGUGUCUGCUAUCGCAUUUGUCGUUUUCUUGUUGUAUAUUCGAUCAUCAGAGGGAAAAGGACCGAGUUUGAAUGAAUCACAUGUUCAAACAGCUUUGGAAAUUCUAUCUUCAAUGGAUCAAAGCAUUGAUCCAUGUGAUGAUUUUUAUGCUUUCACUUGCAAUGGUUGGAUAAAAAAGAACCCCAUUCCCGUCGGCCGAGCAAGCUGGAGCAUAAAUGGUAAAAUAAAACAAAACAAUAAUCUUGUAUUAAAAAAUAUUCUCGAGCAACCAAUGUCAACGUUUAAAUCAAAAUCUGAACGAAAUGCACAAAAUUACUAUCAAGCAUGUCUUGAUAAAGACGAGAAGGUUCAAAAAUUAGGUGCUGAACCACUGCUCAAAUUAAUUCGAGAUAUGGGUGGAUGGAAUGUCACUAGUAAUGCAAUCAAUAAAUUCAAUAUUACCAACUGGUCACUAGAUAAAACAUUGACAGAGUUAAAGAGCAAGUACGAUUCAAACGCUUUAUUCAGUUGGAGUAUUUAUCAAGAUGCCCGAAAUUCAUCACAAAAUGCUAUAAACAUUGAUCAAUGGGAAUUUGGUGCUCCGAACAAUAAACAAUAUUUGACUAAAAAUUCAACAGUUUUGUCGGCCUAUUUGAAGUUUAUGGUGAAAGUUGCUGUUCUUCUGGGUGCUGAUAAAAAAGAAGCCACACGACAAUUGCAAGAUGUCAUUGAAUUUGAAACGCGAUUGGCAGAAAUUAUCACUGAUAAUGCUGAUCGUCGAGAAUUCUCGAAACUAUAUCAUUCAAUGACGUUGAAAGAGCUACAAGACCUCGCGCCUUUUAUUAAUUGGCAUUUAUAUUUCCAACGCGUGUUUCAAGUAAUAAACCAUAAUAUUACCGAAAACGAGCGCGUUAUCGUUUAUGCUCCAAAAUAUUUAGAAAAAUUGUCAACCAUUAUUGCAGAAUAUAAAAAAACGGACGAAGGGAAAAUAGUAUUGAGCAACUAUUUAAUAUGGAGAUUAGUACGUUAUUAUAGACAAUUUUUGUCGGAACCGUUUGUUGAUGCUUAUGAUAUUCUUCGCAAAGAACUGUGGGGAAUUAAUAAACGUAAUGAAAAGUGGCUUAAAUGUAUCGGUAUGACAGACGCGUCAAUUGGAUUUGCGACUGGUGCAAUGUUUGUACGUGAAGCGUUUAACGGUGAUGCAAAAUCGCAGGUAGAAGAAAUUGUCAAUAACGUUCGAUUGGAAUUUAGUAAAAAUUUAAAAAAUCUUGAAUGGAUGGAUUCGAAAACACGAAAGUUGGCCAUUGAAAAAGCCGAUGCAAUUACGUAUCAAAUUGGAUAUCCGGAUUAUAUUUUAAAUCCACAAUUACUUGACGAACAAUAUGAGACGUUAGAAUUUGAUUCUAAGAAUUUUUUUCAAAAUGAAAUCAAUCUUUUGGUCUUUGAAUUAAAAUAUAAUCUCAAAAAAUUGAGUCAAAAAGUGGACAAAACAAAAUUUAUCACAACACCAACAACAGUUAAUGCAUAUUAUAAUAUGUACAAAAAUCAAAUGGUUUUUCCAGCUGGACAGUUACAAUUGCCAGUCUUUGAUUCUAAAAAUCCGAAAAGUAUGAAUUUUGGUGGUGUAGGAUCCAUAGUGGGACACGAGGUGACACAUGCCUUCGAUGAUCAGGGUCGUGAGUUCGACAAACAUGGAAACUUAAAUGAAUGGUGGAAUAACAAAACCUUGGAAUAUUUCAAAGAACGUACCAACUGCUUUAUCGAACAGUAUAAUCAGUAUGAAAUGUGUGGAAAACAUUUAAAUGGAAAGCGAUCACAAGGUGAAAAUAUUGCGGAUAUUGGUGGUCUAAAGACGGCUUACAAUACCUACAUUAAAUCAAACAAUGAUCUUGAUAUUUAUCCGUUGCCUGGUGUCAAUAUGACGAAUCGUCAACUAUUUUUCUUUUCAUUUGCUAAGAGUUGGUGUUCCGUAGAAUUUGAUCAAGUAAAUAAGAACUUAAUCGAUUCUGAUGAGCAUGUGCCAAAAAAAUUCCGUGUAAUUGGUACACUAUCAAAUUCAAAGGAAUUCUCUGAAGCUUUCAAAUGUCGGAUCGGUUCGCCAAUGAAUCCACCUAAAAAAUGUGAUAUUUGGUAAACGAAUCACAUUCAGAUAACAUUUUAAAAAGUUUUCCAAAUAAUCAUGUUCAUGUAAAACUGAAAUGAAAUGUUAAAAUUAUAACGAAUUGCCGUGGUAAAUUGAUUCCUCUACAUCAGCAUUUUAUUCAAAAUGUCGGAAAAAUGAUUUUUCAUUGAAAAUAAAACUUUAAUUUUUUUUA